ACCUUUGCACCGUAGUGUUUACUGUCAGUGUGUCUGAUGGUCAUAACGUCAUAAGCCCUCUUUCUGUCCUAUAUAAAGCCAAUCAUCUGCUUUAGGUCAUAGAUUUCAAUACAUCAGCGCAUCCCAUCGUGAAAAAAUGUCCAUGUUGAAGAGGUCAGUGUUCGUGGGGUUUGUCCUGCUUGCUCUUGUCCAUGUGAGCCAUGCUGCCUGCUGGUCUGGGAGAAACAAUCCAGGAGCGACUCACUGUCUGGAUCCCGUGGAUGAGACAUUGCACCCGGUCGGAUCCAGGUGGACAAACAGCGAGUGUGUAAAGUGCUCGUGCAACGCCAAUAGCCUUUCGUGCUGUCAUGGAUGGCCAACGGGCACGACUAAAGGAUGCAUCAUUGAAUAUGAUUAUGAAAAGUGUACAUAUGAGAUAAUUAAUCUUGUAGAUCCAAGUCUUCCAUGUGGUGCUGCUGGAAAGUGAUUGUGAAGAUGAAAUUAAUUACGGUUUAUGAUCGAAUCAAGAGAGCAGAAGCACAAAAAUAGCAUUACUGAAUUACAUAAAAACUGGUGCUGAGUCUUUUGGGGUUUGCUUCCUCAUUAAACCCGACUAAAACCUCUGGUUCAAUCGAAGACGACACUGUGUACAUUCAUUCUUACUAAAAGUUUUAAAACAGUAUGGCUCCAGCACCAAAUUCUUCUUACCCUUUGUUCCAUGAAGCCAUUUGGAAGAUGAUUUGCAAAAACUUAAUAAAUCACUUAAUGAACACUCAGCUAACAUGCUAAUGCAUGCUCUGUGAUGACUAAUUUUUUGUAAUGACUCUGUAAUGGCACUUUUUUUGUUGUUAUGAUGAGGAUGAUAAUAAAUGAGUGUGAUUUUGGAUCAGACAACACUAAUAUGAAUAGAAACCGUAACACUGUGCAGUUAUUAAAUACAUUAAUGUACAUUCAUGUAAAAAAAUAAAUAAAAAAAAAGGCAAAGCAUAUGGUCUUAAAAGCCUUAAAUAUA